AUGGAGCUACCCAUUCCCAACAAGCUCGAGAAGCUCUGGGACUUAUGGGAUAUACGGCUCAGCAUUCUGUUAAGCCUCUUAUUGCAAGUUUUCCUGGUACUAUUCACCCCUUUCGGGCAAAGAAGCAGAAACAGUUUCCUCAUGUUGAUCUGGUCCGCAUAUUUGAUUGCUGACUGGAUUGCAACUGUUACAAUCGGACUCAUCACCAAAAGCCACACUGAUUCCCGAGUCAAGCCACAACAAAACGAGGACGUUUUAGCAUUUUGGGCUUCUUUUCUUUUGCUUCAUCUCAGUGGCCCUGAUAGCAUUACCUCUUUUGCUCUUGAGGAUAAUGAAUUAUGGCUCAGAUAUUUGUUUGGACGUCUUUUGCAGGUUUUGGGUGCUGGUUAUAGCUUUUUUCUAACACUUCCUAAGAACCAGCUAUGGCUUCUUACCAUUCUAGUCUUCGUUGUUGGAACUAUCAAAUAUGCAGAGAGAAUGGUUGCUUUGUAUCUUGCAAGCUUGGACUGUUUCGGAUCCACUACAUUGCCUAAGCCAUAUCCAGGUCCUGACUACGAAGAGGCCGUCUCAAUUUACUCCACAACAAGGUCUGUAGAAGUUCUGGAGCAAACAGAGAUUACCAUGGCGCCUGAGUUUGAUGAACUAAAACUAAUGGAUCUUGCACAUUCCCUCUUCGAGAACUUCAAGGGUCUUAUAGUUGGCUUCCUUCUGAGCUCCAAAUAUCGAGAAUCAAGCCAAGAAUUCUUUCUCCAAAGAAAGCCUGAGUUUUUAGUUGAUAAGGAUGAGUUUAAAAAAUUCGAACUCAUCCUUACUUAUUACUUGCUUACUGGAGCUAUAGUUCUUGAUAUUUUCUCAGGAAUUAAGCUCAUUUUCUCUGAUCAUUCGUCGGAGAAAAACAUUGAUGAUCUCAAAAGCUUUAUCUUAGAAGAGCUGAAAAAUAAAUCUUCAAAAGCAAAGACUUUAAGCGAAGCCAUGGAAAAGUGUUCACAAAGAGGGGAUGGUGCUCUAUUUGGUACUCCAAGCUACAUCAAGCUGAAAUGGAGCAUCAGCCAGUUUCAAUACACUGAAAGCCUUCUCCUUUGGCAUUUAGCUACUGAACUUUGCUAUAAUGCUGAAAAGAAAACAAACCCAGAAGGAGAUGAUCGUGAUGAUCAGCAAUAG